GGUACUUGUAUUGUACUUGUAUUGUACGAUACGAUUCGGCCUAGGUAUUUGACACUUAUACAUCUCCCUCUUAUAAACCACCCCGCAUUAACUAUCUUCAAAUGUGCUUAUAUUAGAAUAUAACCAUAUUCACGCCUCUAUAUUCCAAGUUUAAAACAACAUAAUUGCUUCAUGUAGCCAUGGGUGGCACUGAAGCGCUCUUCUCUGCAUCUCUUAUCUCACCAAAAGUUGCCGGUUCCUUUCCCGAUGGCUUCACCAUCCGCCCGUUAGAGAAAGAAGACUACGUCAAAGGGUUCUUGGAAUGCCUGCGGGUUCUCACCUGGAUGGGCGAUGUCAGCGAGGCCGAGUUCAAUGAGCAAUUCGACGAGAUGCUAGAGGCGAAGGGCACGUACUACUUCGCAGUGAUCGAACACGCGGGUCGCAUCGUGGGGACAGGUGGUUUGAUUGUAGAGAAGAAAUUUAUACAUCAGCGCGGCAAGUGUGGUCAUAUUGAGGAGAUUUCAAUCGCGAAGGACCAUCAGGGCAAAGGGCUUGGCUUGAAGAUGAUCCAAGCCCUGGAUUCUGUGGCUAUUAAUCUGGGAUGCUACAAGAAUAUUCUUAACUGCGGCGCGAAAAAUGAGCCGUUCUAUGCUAAAUGUGGGUAUAGGAACUCUGGGCUGGAGAUGUCGCAUUACUUCGAGGAGGAGCGUGAUGAGUAUCAUCGAGGUUGAUGUAGGAGGGAAGAUGGUUCCCAGAUAAAGAGGCAAAUGGAAGGGAAGGGGUGGGGGUGGCUCUCGGAUGUGUUCUAAGGGGCCAAAUAGUGAUCCUCAUGUGGUACUGUGGGAAAACUACCUAGGUACCCAUAUACAGGCUGGCUAAUUCAAGACAAUUGGCAUUCAAAUAGGAGGCACGUCACUAUACAGCUGGUGGACCGUGUAUAGCAGCUACUGCUACUAAUGAAGUGUAUCAUUAAACUGUCCCUCUUGAAAUCACAGCGCAAACAUUGUUAAGUGGCAUUCGUCGAGCAAACUGGAAUUCAUAAAAGAUGUAGGAGUGAGGCUAGACCUGUGCUCUACUGUGAUGCCUGAGAGCCAAAUCGCGACUCUCGUAUUCACGUGUUCCCACCCCCAUAGAUACCUACCUCAUAAGGUUACUAGUUUAAUUGUUUCUAUGUUAGCCUAGCUGUUACAGUCGGACAGAUAGGUG